GAUAUUCUUCUAGUAAAUCGAUUGUUGUUCCAACUCUGACAGCUGUUUGGUCGAAAAUGUCUUCGACAUUAAUAAAAUGUUUUAAUUUGGCUAAAACUGUGGGAAAUGUGACAGUCAAGGGCUUUUUGGCUACACCCAAGCAGCCAUGGCAAGCAUGCAGUGCGGUCGCUUUGCAAACGCCGCAUGUUCAAAUGCAGAUGCACACUUCCCCAGUUCGCCGGGAUCUGAUGGAGUUUUUCGACGAAAAGAAAAACUGGAGCGAGAACGAGGUGAAAGUGGGCCGUGCUUGGCGGACAGAGGAGCUGCGUAUCAAGUCCAAUAAGGAGCUGCAUCAGCUGUGGUUUAUUCUACUCAAGGAACGCAACAUGUUAAUGACAAUGGAGCACGAGUGCAACGACAAAAUGGAAGUCUUUCCCAAUCCAGAGCGUAUCGAUAAGGUUAAAAUUUCCAUGGAAAACCUAGAGACUGUGGUGAGGGAACGCAACAAGGCAUAUCACCUUUUGGAAACGGGUGAAACCGGAGAGAGGCCUCAGAAGGCGGUUAAGAAUGCAUUUGGCCUGCAAGUCAACUACAAAUCCUGCGAGCACGCCCUGCCCCCCUUCAUGAACCUCAAAUGGAUAAAAUCCCGCCAUAUAGGCUUUGGCGGUCGUGCUGUAAACAGGUUCCUGCUCAAGUAUAGGGAGAAGCUCUACAAUGCCAAGCGGAAGGCCAAGAACCGCUCCCGCAAUGAAGUCAUGAUGAUCCUGCGACGCAAUCCUAACUUUGACCUGGUGGCGUUGCGUCGUCAGUUCCCCGACGUCAACGUGGACAAACUGCUCACGGACGAUAAGGCUCGAGGUCACUAUGUGCCCAAAGUUGGCGUUUAAGCUGAGAGGAUUGCAGUUAUUUAGUAAUUAAAACAACAAAAUACCAUCAA